GGCUCACUCUUGAAUGUUGCGGAUUGUAACGGCCUCUGCCAGUGCUGCACCCCGCUGGACUCGCCCGUCCCACGAGGCGGUGGUCUCGGGCGCAGGUGCAGCAGCAUUACUGGCUGCUGGGUGGCGGUCCCGACCACUGACGUCCGACACGCUUGAUGCAAGAGCAGCGAUCAACCAAAAACAGAGAACCCGAACCCGACCCUUCCAUGCAUGCUGUCGGAUGGUGUCGUCCUCCGCCAGCAAGGCAGCCAGCUCAUUCGCACAUCACAUGUCAGCUGAACCAGCGGGCGCGGCUGCGGCGAGCGCUGGUCUCCCGUCUGCAGGAUCGCAUCCAAGCGCUCCAGUCGCCCCGAGUUUCGCCCACCAUGCUGCGCCCCGAUUGCCGAGUAAACUAACCAGGGAGGAAGUAGAAGAGAUGGUAGAUUUCGCCGAGGACAUGCAAGAGCUCCCUCGCAGCAUCCGCUUGAAAGUCCAGUCCAUUGAGAAACUUCGGCACGCGCAAGCCGCCCUGGAGGAGUACUGCCGGAAGGUUACGAGUGCAAAAUCCAACGCGAGUGCCAUGCUGCCUGAUGCGCGUGUUAUUUCCGGACACUUAAUCCAGCUGGCCAGUGGCUUUCAGUAUUACGUGCAUGUGAUUGAACCCGCAGAAACUCUGGCGGUUUUGCAUCGAGUUGAGCUUCAUCUCGGCCCGGCUUUGAUGGUCGGUGAUUUCCUCAAGCCACUAGCAGCGAUUACCAUGUGUCGAGGACCAACGCUUGCCUCUGCUGUGCGGGACAAAUUUCAAAAAAACUCACAGCAGGUCGAUAAGAAGGACACGCCAAUUUUCCGCCUCUUUCAGGACUUGAUCUUUGCAAAAAUCAACAUUUCAUCAUUUGCCGAUGAGAUUCUCGAGUUGCUGCAACAACGAAACGCAGUUACGAGUGCGGCUUUGAAGCAAGUCGCGAGGGUUGCAUUCUCCUACCGCGGAAGUGGUGACCCGGUGCUCCCAAAGAUCGCACAGGUCGCCAAGCAAGCUGGCGUGGAUAUGGGCGACUCCUUAUUGACAAUUAGCAUGGCUAUUCGAGUGAAGUCUGGAGAUGACGAUGGAAUCUCGGAAUUGCUGGAAGCCAUGCAACUGAACAAACGACGUCCGUCAGCUCGAGCAUGGAUGCUCCUCAUGGAGCAUUGCGUCAAGUCGAAUCGCUUUACCCUGGCUGCGGAACUCGCCGCUCGUUUUGCGACAGAAAUUCCAAUGUUGUACGAGGGCGAGCUUGCAGCACGGUUUGCGCUUGGCUGCAUCAAGUCGCUUCCCUUCAAUACCACUGAAGAAGUGCUUCGUAUCGCGCCAAGUCAUGUCAGCGCGACUGACAUGAACCAAGCCAUUCUCGCCUUGUCGCGGCGCCAGGUCCCCGUGCGUAUUUUUCUCGAGUGCUUGCUCAAUUGGUUUCGUGGCCGGAAUCAAGUCGACGCAUUCACUCUUCACAAGCUCGUCAUCUACGUUUGCGAGAACGUUGAUGUCGCCCAUAUGGCCGAGUUUGUCCGCGAACGAGUCGUGACCGAGCACCCUCUGAAGAAAGCUGGCGGCUCCGAAGCGACACCAACGACAGCCAGCCCCGCUGUAAUAGCGGCCAAGAAACGGGAGUGGCCGGCCGCGAUCGCGUAUGCAGAAAUGCUGUAUCGAAAUUCCAUGGCCUCCAACAAAGCCGACGCGCUUGGUGGUGUUAUGGGGACAACAGCAUCGUCGUCCACCAGAUCGUCCAGUCCACCGCUGCGCCCGUCCCAGCCGCCGCUCUCUCCAUCGUCGUCGUCGUCGUCGUCGUCGUCGUCGUCGUCACCCGUCCCACUCGACGACCUCGUUGGCGUCAUGUCAGCAGGCGAGCGCGCAUUGAUCGAGCUAGUUCGCCGCAUGCCAGUUCCGAUCGAUAUGCCGACAAUCACUGCUGUUCUUCAAUAUCUUGUGAACAACAGUGAACGUAGCACCAUGACUGAGCUGUGGGACCUUGCUGCUCGCCACAUGCCUUCCAUUGAUGCUGGUUUCCUCAUCCUGGGCAUCAAUGACGUCCUUCUCUCCCUCUACAGUUCGAUCAGUGACAGCGCAAUUUCCGAGAGCCCGCUGCGCGAUCAUCCCGCGGUGGCCCAGGCGAUUGAUCGGCUGCAUCAGUUGCUAAGCCAUUUGCCGCUAUCUCAACUGGACGACAGCAUGUUAUGGCACCACAUCGCCACUUCCGUCACACGUGCCACACGGCCAACCCCCGAGCACCGCAUUGUUGCUUCGUACUGCCUCAGUUGCGCCUAUAGCAAAGAACUUGCCGCGCUGGGCUUGGAGAACAACGCAGCCUAUCGCAACUUGGCUGCUGUCAUGAUGUGCAACACAACUUGGAACUUCAUUCAAGACUCGAUCGAUACAUGGACGCUGGCCGACUCUGAAAAGUAUUUGCUUCUCACGCUCAAGAAUGACCUGCUAAUUACUCAGGCUGUUAUCACCGCCUUUGGCUUCAACCUUCGGUCAAUGCUGUCGAUACUCGGGCGGCAUCGCAACGUGCUGGUGGGCAACAAUGCGUUCAUCAACAUCCUUACCGCGUGUGAAGCACAGUUCAAGAAGGCAAACGAAUCACCCGCCGCGCUUGCUGAGGCGUUGCGGCUGUCUCAGAGCCUAAGCGAGGCCCUUCCUAGCAUCCAUGGGCACAAUGUUGUGAAAGCCACCCCAGUGCGCACUGCAAUGCGUCAAGUUCUUGACGUGGCUCCCAAUUUGGACCUGCUGCAGGCCGUGUGGCACGUCGCUCGACAACCUGAGCACUUUACACAUGCAGCCAAUGUGCACGACACGUUUCAAGACCUCGUCACUCGACUCUUCAAGUACGCUUCCGACCUUCCAGCGCUGAGCUACCGAACGAGCUCCAUGCUGAUUGGGGCGUGCAAUGUGACUGGCGCAUUUCCGCCAGCGGGAUUGGCACGACAAGUGUUGCACAAGGCGAGGUUGCGAAACGUUCUCGUGCACUCUGCCUUCUAUUCGGGCAUGGGCGGGACCUCUGACUUGCAUCGUUUGCGGGACAUCGGACACGCCUACUUUAGGGACACGCUUUACAACAGAACCGAAAACGAUGCGCUCGAGACACUCAAGGAACUUCUCCCUUGGAUGAAGCAGAGCCUCGCCUUCCCCACGUUGGCACCGGAGUCGAGGAUUAAACUGCUCGAAAUUUGGCAGCCCGUGUUUUUUAUUGUGCGAACCAUGCGAGAAGCCCCUCAACCCAAACUUCCUGUCCGAGAGCAGAAUCUACUGUCUCUGCUGGAGAGUGAAACGUACAAGAGCGAGGUCAUGCCAUUGAAGACGGCUUGGCAGAGCAAAAAUGCCCGCGCCCAAUUCCAAGAUGCAUUGAUCUUGGGCCAGCUGUUUGGCUCGUUGAUGGUCAUGCCCGGUUUUAUACCAAUCUCUCCGAUUGUCCAAACGCUCGACCAUUUGGCGAUAUAUGCGAAGAGAUUGUUCAGGGCCUAUGGAGACCUCAUCGUCUGCGGCGCUUUUAGAGAAUUGUUUGCUUCCAUCCCUUCCCGCAAGCCUACUGGCUCGACACUGUCCACGCGCGAGGCGGCGUUGCUUCGGGAGCUCCAGUCUCGAGCCUCGACGCAGCCAGCUAUUGCGAGCGCCAUGGAAUCCGUCAACCAGCAACUCGCCGAAAGGUCAUUGGCGCACCACCAAGCACAACGCCAACAGCAGCCGCACCCGCACCGACAAGACAAAGGGGAGCCACGUCAGCGCGUUCCGAGCCCCUUCCAGAAAGCGCAAGGGUUUUUAGACCCAUCUCGUGCUGAAAAUGAUUCGGCCGGACAGCCAGGUCGAAACAAUCACAAUCCAAAGGUGAAGGACCAGUCCGUUGAUGCUGCCACAGCUACUGCCCGAACGCCAACGCCCGAUACGUCUGCUCGUCCCUCGGCGGACAUUGAACCAUCACGCAAUCAUCAGCCACUCUCCACCGACGAACCGCAUCCAUCACCCUUCCUCAACGAGAAUUCUUCAAGCGGCUGAUUGAUUUUUUUGUUUUUUGGGUGGUCGGUCAUUUUAUUUUCACGUACUAUUCUUUUUUUAAAAUCACCAAAAAUCACCACCCCCACUUGGAUG